UCCAGAAUUGUACAAAGAUUAUACUUCAAAGCUUCCAUCAUGACUAUUACUAGAGAAUAAGGAUAUUAAUUAUUAUGAAUCAGCCAAAACAUAUAUAAUCAGAAUUCGAAGAUGGAAUAACUAACUCAUUCAAUUCCAAUGGCAGCAUUUCUCUCUCUAAUUCUCCUCUUUGUCCUCCUCAUCGCCCAGCACUCCUCGUGUAGCAUAAUCCACGACGCCUGCAAAGCCUCACGUGACCCUCCCGAAUGCGAAGACUGGCUCACCCGCUUCGGUCACGUGACUCCCAACGCCACCGCGCUGCAGCUCAUCCAAUCAUCGCUCCACCUCAUCUCCAGCGAUCUCGAAAACGGCCGCGUCUUGGUCCAAGACAUCCUCAACUCCUCCGCCGGAGACCCCAACCGCACCGUCAAAGCCCAAGGCUGCCUCGAAGGGGUGCUUUCCAGCCUGUACCGCGCCGAUCUCGUCUUCGGGGCUCUGCGCCGCCGCCAGACCAAGGAGGCGCGCGCAUGGAUGAGCAGCUCGCUCGGGGCCAAGUACGACUGCUGGUCGGAGCUCAUCAACGACACGUCCACGGUCAAUGAAACGACGCCGUUCUUCAAUUCUACUCCCGUCAGUGGCGGCAGCGCCACUCUGGCGAUGCUGGUCAACUACGACUUGUAUGGUGAGGAAACCGGGUCCUGGGGCCCGGUCCGGACCGAGCGAGAUGGCUUCUGGGAACCGGUUUCCCGGUCUAAAUCCGGUUCAGUUGGUGGCGUGCCGCGUGGGUUGCAGGCGGAUGUGGUGGUGUGCAAGGGCGGAGGCGGGUGCGACUACGACACGGUGCAGAAGGCGGUCGACAACGCGCCUUCCGGUUCGGAUAAGCGGUUCGUGAUAUGGAUAAAAACCGGGGUUUAUGAGGAGACGGUUGUAGUGGGACUGGAUAAGAGGAAUUUGGUUUUCUUAGGAGACGGGAUGGGCAAAACGGUCAUUACCGGGUCAAAGAAUGCGGGCCAGCCCGGGGUGUCAACGUUCAGGUCCGCUACCGUUGGAAUUCUUGGAGAUGGAUUCAUGGCAAGUAACAUAACCUUCGAAAACACAGCAGGCCCCAAAUCAAUUCAAGCUGUGGCAUUCCGAUCAGACAGCGACCGCUCCAUUAUCGAAAACUGUGAAUUCCUCGGCAAUCAAGACACUCUGUACCCACAUGGCAUGCGGCAGUACUACAAAUCCUGCCGCAUCCAAGGGAACGUCGACUUCAUCUUCGGUAACGCAGCCGCAUUCUUCGAGGACUGCCACAUCCUCGUCGCUCCGCGCCAGCAAAACCCCGAGAAAGGUGAGAAAAAUGCUGUCACGGCCCACGGGAGGACGGACCCUGCCAUGUCAACAGGGUUCGUCUUCCAAAAUUGUGUGGUCAACGGAACAGAGGCCUACAUGGCUCUGUUCCGCCAAAAGCCGAAGGUGCAUAUUAAUUUCUUGGGGAGGCCGUGGAAGGCCUACUCGAGGACUGUUUUUAUCUCGUGUGAAUUGGAGGCUAUUGUUACAUCAGAUGGAUGGAUGCCGUGGGACAGGGAUUUUGCGUUGGAGACAUUGUACUAUGGAGAGUACAAUAAUGUUGGCGCCGGAUCGGACACGUCGGGAAGAGUACGGUGGAGUAGCCAGAUUCCGGCGGAGCAUGUUGCAUCUUAUUCGCUAGCAAAUUUCAUUCAAGGAGAUCGGUGGAUUAAUGGCAUCUAAGUAUGUGACUUAUUGUUUCUUCAUUAUAUUGCUUUAAUCAAUAUAUUAGUUUUAAAUGCACCACUGAUCUCCUAUCUUCAUAAUGAUUGAUGUUGACCUAUUUGUUACGGAUA